AUGUGGUUGUCAUCUAUCGAGACGAUUUUCCGUUUUAUGAAGUGCCCGAAAGAGCACAAGCUUCAAUGUGUCGUUUUCAUGUUGACUGGCAAUGUAGAAAUCUGGUGGCGUUUAGCAGAGAAAAUGAUUGAUACCAGUGGGAAGCUUGCAACCUGGGAGCAGUUCAAGGAACGUUUCUAUGAGAAGUAUUUUUCGGCCAACACCCGGUAUAACAAGCAGGUAGAGUUCUUGAAUUUGAAACAGGGAGUUAUGUUAGUAAAGGAAUAUGAGCAAGAAUUUGAUAAAUUGUCCCACUUUGCCGCUGAGCUGGUAGCCACCGAGACAGCGAGGACAGAAAGGUUCAUUCAAGGUUUGAGAAGCGAAUUACGAGGUAUGGUUCAUGCUCUUGACCUUAACACCUAUGCCACAGCACUGCGAGCCGUUGUGAGGAUCGAUGCUGACUCCCAGGAGGGAGAAGAGUACAACAAGUUGUCUGAAAUUAGGGCAUCUGCAGGGCAGAAAAGGAAAGCAGACCAGAAGACUUCUGAGUUUCAGCAAAAGAAACCUGUAGCUAUUAAAGAGGAAAAGCCGAUUUGUAACUCAUACGGAAAGCGUCACUAG